AUGAGUGCAUCAAACCCGUCGGACGAAAAGUACGUGAAACGAUGUUCCGAAGAUAUAGUUCAGCUUAUACAUCGAACCAUUGAGCAAUUACAACCAAAGCAUUCGAAUACGAACUCGAACAGUUUACAUCAAAAUUCGGUGUUAAACACAGGAAUAUAUUCAUUUACAUUGAGUAAAGAACAGGAAACUGACAUGGAUAUACUCCGUGUGAAAAUUGAACGAACGAUUGACAAAUAUUAUUCAUCUAUGGGUACAUUAGGUCAAAAAUAUCUGUUGGAAUUUCUCGUUCCAUAUCAUUUCAAUGAACAACAGAAAAGAUUUACGACGUCUUUUAGUAUGGAUAGUCUUUACCCAUUUGAAUGUACGCUUCGAGGCGCUUCAGCAUCUUUUGAUGCAUUUCAAGCAGCAUGGAAUGGAGAUGUACCGAGUGUAAGAGAUUUCGUUCAAAAUUAUCCUACAUUCAAAGAUCGACCAGGUCUUCAUGGAACAACUCUUUUGUAUUCAGCGGCAAGAAAUAACCAUUUUCCAUUAGUUCAAUAUCUCGUUGAAAAAGGUCAAUGUUCUGUUAACGCACAGAAUCUUCAAGAACUUGACAAAGCUUUACGAAUAGACGAUGGAAAGUAUCGUGCUUAUCCAUCAGCGGCCUCGACACCAUUGCAUGCCGCAUGUUUCAGAGGACAUUUGGGUAUUGUGGAAUAUUUAAUCGGACAUGGUGCUGAUUAUUUUAUUCAAAAUCAAGUGGAAGAGACGCCCAUUGAUAACGGGAAACGGCAAGAUAAUAUUCGGGCAUAUUUUGAAAAUUUUCUUGUACUUAGCUAUUCAAGAGGAACAGGCCCUUUCCCGAAAGAACCUAUCAAAGAAAAAUGUUCAGAAGAUGCAUUUGACUCCGUUUGGGAAUAUAAACCAUUCGAGAAGGAUCAUUGGACCCUAUGCACACCGAAAGACGCCGAACAAUUAAAUCGUUCAUUAUUGGUAAAAGAUGACGAAGAAAUGGAGCAAAAAAUCUAUUUCGUCGCCGAUUCAGUUAUUUCACAUGUUUCACCCAUCAUAUUUCUUCGUUCGGAAGAAAAUAAAGGAAAAAAAAAUCAUUUAUCUUGGGUGCGCUGCCGUGGAUCAUCAAUCUGGAAUUUUGACUGUUACGCUGUUUGGCAAAUCAUGCUUACGAAACAUCGCAAUGUUCAUACGAACCACGUACCAUCUUUAAAGGCUUUUCAACUCCCGGAAAUCUUUGACAGCCGAUUUCGAAUACAAACCAACUGUUGGUAUAACUGUCCAGCAGAAGUGAAUUUAAAAAUGGAUCACACAAUGAAUUAUCGAAGAAAAAUCUAUCGUCUGAAGAUAGAUCCCAUUGCUGAUGAGCCAUUAACAUUUAAUUUUCAAUCCUUCACAUUUACAAAUGACGAGAAAACGAUAUUUGGCUACAUCCGAUGGUUACCAAAACUAGUGUCUAGAAGCGAAAGUUCUAUGAAAAAGUUUCAGUUUCUUGAUAACUUUGAAAAUUUAAGUCAACGUGAUCCUAUUCCAUACACCACAAACAUGUCAAGAGAAAAGUCCAAACCAAACAGUGAUCAUGUACCAGACGACGAUGCUGAUGAUCUAGUAUCAUCGCCUCAGUCGAAUCUUGACGACGAAGGUGACGACGACGAAUUUCCACAAGAUGCAACAGAAAACAGAAAUGCGAACAACGGCGAUUGGUCUAUCCAUGAUUUGAAAAACAAAGAUAACAACGAUGACGAUGAUGAUGAUGAUACACAAUCAAUACAUAGCGAUGAUUCCAGAAGUGAAGGUCUUAAUGAUUACCUAGAUAGUGCAUCGCGUGGACCACAGAGUGUUUCAACGUUUCACGAAACAAAGUCAGCUGUUGAUCAUAAACAAUUGUUCGCUAUUCGAGCUGAAUUGGAGAAGAAAGCUCAAAUGAACCAUGACCUUGAAGAGCAACUAAAACGUGCUAAUGAACACAUGAAUAAAUGUUUACAAGAAUCAAAGGAAAAGUCAGAAAAACAAAAACAAGAUUUCGAAAAUUUAAGAGAAAAAAUUCGAUUUCUAAACAAUGAACAACAAAAACUCCUCGAAGAGAAAAAUCACCUUCAGAAUAUUGAAAAAGCAAUCAUAUCCAAUCAUUACCACAAUGUCGAAAGCGAAAUCGUACAAGAUUUUCUCACACCGAAAUAUUCUUCUAUUCUCGACUAUUUAAAGCUAACCAAAAUUCCGCUGAAGAACUGCCCAUUGGACAAUAUUGUCAAAAUGAGUUUUCAACAAACGGCCCGUACUUAUACAGUAACACUUGUUGGAUUUGAUGCUCAUCAUCAACGGUUUAAAGCCAUUUUAACGCAGAUACGUUACCUUCUACGUUUACAACAAAGUGCCAAGCAAUUCUAUCAGAAAAAGUCGGAUAAAAUCACGAACAGCGUCAAACGUAUCCUAUUGCAAGUUCGACCGAGGACACAACUUUGGAAAGAAUAUCAUCGUUUGCUUCUUAAAUUAUUUAAUGACCAAUCGCAAGUAUACGUAACUGCAUUCGACAAAUAUAUUAAUGAAAUAGCGAAAAGCUUACCCGAACAGAUGAUUUUUAAUGAUUCGAAUGGCGUUAAACAAGAGAUCUUUUCGAAAACGGAGGACUUUAUGAAAAAACACUCUCUACUGAAUCAAAGUCAAACAUUUAAAGAGCAAGCACUUGAACAGUUUAUCAAAGAGAACGUUCUACUACAAAAGAAUCACUUGGAAAAACAGCCGACCAAAAAAUCGAUAUCAACUUUAGAGUAUUUUAUUGAAAAAAUACGAAACACUCUGAAAACAAAUGCACAGUUUCACGGACAUGAAGUUAAGCAUUACAAUCAAAUUCCUUCUCUUCUCCAGCGAUUAAUGAUUUAUUACUGUUCGUUUAAAAUUCAACUGCCGCUAUUCGAAUCAGCUGAAGAACUCUUGAGUAAAAUUGAGCACAACGUAGUGACAACUAUUGCAACAUCGACAGGCUCAGGUAAAUCGACACUCUUGCCGGCACUGCUUGCAGCUGAAGGUUACGAUAAGAUUCUUGUGACACAACCUCGACGUUUGCCAUGUACGCUGAUAGCCGAACGUGUCAACGAAACAAUGACGACAGGAAAAGAUUCAUUGUCAUCGAAAUUUGCUGGUUGGGCGGUUAGUGGUGCAAACUCUAACCCCAAUGCUCAAGUGCUUUACUUAACAGAUGGCUUGUUAAAAGAAUAUCUACUCUAUGACGAGAAUUUCAUUCGCCGAGAUACGAACAUAAAUAAAUCUGUCGUAUUUUUCAUCGAUGAAGUUCACGAACGAUCAGUUAAUAUCGAUCAUUGUUUGGCAUUAUUAGCACGAAUAUUAAAAAUCCAUCCGGAUCUAAGACUUCGAAUGAAAAUUAUCAUUUCAUCGGCAACGCUAGACAAAACCGUACCGGCAUUGUUUCGUCAAAUUUCCGAUGUGAAGCUGUCUGAAUUCCAAAUGCCACAGAUGGGCACCUUGUAUCCAGUGACAAAAUGUUUUCGACCGAAUGAAAAUGUUUUGAAUAUUGUACAAGAGCUGUACGUCAAAGAACGUCGUCGUUACGAUCAAAUUCUUUGCUUCGUUAGUUCAGUUUUUGAAGUUACGGAGUGUUGUCGGCUGUUGAAGGACAUCACUGGUGGAGCUAUUAUUGCCUACCCAUUAAUACAAUCACAACAAGCAUCGGAACAGCAGACGUUUAUUGAUCACGGCUCUGUGUUCUUUUCGACAACAGUAGCAGAAACUUCAUUGACCUUUCCUCAGUUAAAGUACGUUGUUGACACUGGUUUCAUUAAUAUACCUGUUUAUGAUCCAAAAUCGAAACGAACUAUUCUUCAAACUGUCAGAGCAGCUGAAUCAACAAUCAAGCAACGUCUUGGGCGAUUAGGACGAACACAACCGGGAACAUAUUUUGCCUUAUACGAUUUCAAAGUUGAAGAUAAACCCUUUCCAACAGCACAAAUUUGCCAAUCCGACUUAAUGAAUAUCGAAUUUUCGCUAAGAAAAUCACCAUUGAAAAAAGGUCUCAAUUACAUGAAAGAAUUCUUUCCCGACAAGCCAUCACAACAAACUAUUGAUCAUACGAUUAAAGAAUUAAAACAACUAGGUAUUUUAACUGAUGGUCCAGGUGAACCGCUGACAGCCCAUGGCCAAGCUCUUGCUAAAUUACCGGAUUUCGGUUCAUUGGCAAUGUCGAAAUGUGUACUAGCCGCAUUAAAAACCUUCCAUUGUGGACGAGAUUUAAUAAUUCUAUCGUCAAUUUUAGGUGUAUUGAAUAUGAGCAACAUUUUGAAAGCAAUUCCAGAUCAAUACAAAAGUGUCGACGGAGAUUUUAUGACAUUAAUCAAUGUGUUAGAUGACAUUCUUUUAAUGAAACAGACAGUAUCUGCGAAAGAAUUCAGUUUACGCCGUAUUUGCGAAAAGCAAGGAUUAACCAAAAUUCAACAUAAUCUUCGGCAAGCAUUGAGACGAUAUUCAACAUUACAACGAGCAUUCGAUUUGUCUGUUGAAUACCGUAAAGAAGCACAAGUUCAAUCAAAGAACUGGGAGUCGAUUGCAAAAUCUCUNAAUGUGUUAGAUGACAUUCUUUUAAUGAAACAGACAGUAUCUGCGAAAGAAUUCAGUUUACGCCGUAUUUGCGAAAAGCAAGGAUUAACCAAAAUUCAACAUAAUCUUCGGCAAGCAUUGAGACGAUAUUCAACAUUACAACGAGCAUUCGAUUUGUCUGUUGAAUACCGUAAAGAAGCACAAGUUCAAUCAAAGAACUGGGAGUCGAUUGCAAAAUCUCUAUUAACUGGCUAUUCAGAUCAGUUAUUCGCAUCGAUGAGAGAACUGAACGGUCGUAGUCAUGUUUUUGUCCGAUAUAGUGGUACGACCGAUGAUGAUAUUGCCGAAAUGGAUUUUAACUCUACCUUAUCAAGAAAAACUUUCAAAAUUCCGCCGGCAUUAAUUCUGGCGCGUGACGUUCGCUAUUCAACAUCAAUUCGUGCCAAAGCUAUUCUUUCGUUUAUCGGCGUCAUCAAGCCACAAUGGACACAGCACGUGAUUGAACGUCAGUUUCCAUUGAAUACUGACGAAGAAAAAUGCCUGAGCAGCAACAAUAUAUUCACUAAGGCCAAAUCCGAAUUUUCCCACUUAAAUAACCUUUUAAUGGAUAAUACUGGUAUUCAUUUAGCAGGUCAUGCCGGAACAAUAUUCAAUGCCGAGUUAUAUUUUCGACAACAAAUGAUUCAGGAAUUCCGCUUUAAACUAGAAAAUCAUAGUAAACCUAAUACAAGUGAAUACGUAAAUCUCGAGCGAAAUCUGGAAUAUGUUAUGUCCAAUCCAAAGAUAUUUUUACCAAUGAUCUUGCGAUGGAAGAAUCAAAAACAAGUUAAAAUUGAAAUCAAUCCGAGUAUGUCGAGCAAAACGUGUGAAGUCGUUGUUAAAGCCAGACCUUCCGAUUAUAAACUUGUUCAAGAAGAAUUUAAUGCCUUUCUCGGAUGGUUAAGAGAUUGUGCAGUUAUUCGACAUCCAGAAUCUGGUGUUUCUCCUCGUCUUCUUCGCGGUAGAGAUCGUACACUAUAUCGCGAGAUUGAGGAACGAAUAUCACAUAUCACCGAUCCUGAUCGGACAACUAUUGAUCUAUACAAGGGUACAAAAGGCGCGCAAGCCACACGUGAAACACGAAUGGAAGUUGUUGCUCAUAUAGCUGUAUGCAAAUUUAGUUGCCGAGUCGAAGGUGGAUUUGUGCGUGACUGGGUUGUUGGCAAAGUUACGUCUCGGCCAGCUGGUCCUUCGUCUGAUCCGAAAACAUGGAUAGUGAUGAACAAAUCAAUUCCAAGCAUUCAUAAAGAGGUUGUUCCGAGCGAUCUGGACUGUCAUUUACCACCCGACGGAUAUUUUGAUGUCGAAAGUUUUCGCGAUGAACUUCAUAAGUAUGGCAUAACUUGUAAAGUUUAUCCACUCAAGUGGCGAUAUAUUUUGUUGAUUGAUGAAGAAGCACAAACCGGUCCGUUUACAAUGGAUUUAAUUGAACCGCACGUGGUAUUAACACAAGAUCGAAUUGAUUUUGAUGUGAGUAACUUAUCCUUAGAGAAAGGUUACACACGUGAACUAGGUAUGCGUGUUGAUAUUGAGAGAAGGCCAUAUUCAAUCGAACUUGAGACUAUUGUCGAUAAUAUCGCUCACAAACGUUUUCGAAUUCUUCGUCCAAUCGAUCAUUUUCUUAAUGAACGAAUUCAUAAAAUGACCGAAAUACGAGGCUGGAAACAACUCGGAGAUCCAUUUCCAGUUGUUCCAAACCCGGAUCCAAAAUAUCCAUCGGUUCUUGUUGCAUUACGAGACUCAUCAUUACUAUACAAGGAUUUACAGAAGCAACUUACAGGAACAAUUGGAUCAACAACGCAAAUAGUUUCCAUAGAAGAAGUGAAAAAUCCUCUACUAGAGGAUUCUUAUGAAUCAAUGAAAAGUAUCAUCGCAAGACAAUGUCCAAGCUUUGAUCCUAACGAACGCCACUUAUUCCAUGGAACGAAGGGUCCUGGCAUUGAUGGAAUUCGAGAUUAUGGCUUUGAUGAUCGAUACUACAGCAAAGAAGGAAAUUGGGGUCAUGGUGCAUAUUUUGCUGAUAAUCCAAAAAAAUCCGACAACUACACACAUCCGGAUGCAACGGAUCAAACGCGCGUUAUGUAUUACAGCAAAGUAUUGUUGGGCAUCGAAUCAAGGCAAACUAACGCAAACAAAGAAUUAGCUUCAGCACCCAGAGGAUUUCAUUCAGUUGCAGGAACACUGGGAGGAUAUAAUGAAUAUAUCGUUUAUCGUUUCGGUCAAGCUUGA